UCCUACUUAAGCUCAAUCUCGAGCGCUGUCGACAAGGCUUAUGCUUAGGUUUAAUCCAUACAAUACCUACUCUAACUUCAAGAAUUCAGAUAUAUUGAUAUCAAUUGCUUGUAACAUUGCCUUGCUUGAACUUCAAGAUGGCUGCAAUGGAUAGCGCUCACGUCAAGGAGAAAUGCGAUGUCUUGAACAGACUCGAUCUAUAUGCGGAACUUUCGGAUAAGCAGAUGAAGCAAUUCAAGCUGCAAGUGAUAGAAGACGAUUGCCUGCGCCGCUUCUAUCCCGCCAACCUACCGUGCUUACAAGAGAAAUAUAUCCGGCCAGAUGGAACACCGCACCUCUUUGAGGAUGUUCCAUUGGAAAAGAUUAUUGAAACGGCUGAAACCUAUAUCGGAGAAUUGGUCCCUGCUGACAAACGGGCGCAAGUCUUCCGACAAGUGAUGGAUGGUAUAGUAGGUGUCAGCAAGACUCCCUACUGGGAAGCCCCUUUAGUUAGCCACUACUCGACACCAGAGACGCAGUUUUCCCUAUCCAGAGUUUCCUCUGGUGAGAUCAAGACUAAUUCUCAAUUGAUCGAAGACCUAGUUUCGGCCGCUGAUCUAGGGCCCCAGCAAUCUGCUGUCGUCCAUGGACAAAUUGCUUGGUGGGCCGAUCGCUCCGACGAAGAUGUGCCUAACUACUUCGUCCGAGACUACCUCAUGGACUACAUCAAUUGUCAGAUCGAAGAAGACAAGCGAGAGCACGCCCGUAAAUACGUCUUCUCCGAUCUUGGCACGUCAGAAGUGCUAGAGUAUGCUGCAUUAAUGACGAAGAAAAGAGAAGAGUGGGAUCAAAAUUGGAAAAGAGAGGGUAUCAUAGAUGACAUUAUUGGAAAGAGAUGUGUACGGACGAGGAGCGAAGCGAAGCAUAUCUGGGAGCAAGCCGACGUCAUGGGCGAUAUCAAUGUGAACAUUGACUUGACUCCUCGACCUGGUUUCGCCUUCCGUACGCACGACCUACCACUCUCGGGCUCUGUUCUGAGACCGGGCCAGAAGGUCAAGUUUCCGGUAGAGAACAAGUUUGACUGCGGUACCGAAAUCGACCAGGACUGCGAUCAGAUCCGAGCCAUGAUCAAGAUUCUCACUUGCAAUCGCGGCGAAUGGACCUUGGACCAGUUCCGCUUAGCUCUUGGUCAUAUCACCCGUCCCCAGCUGACAUCGUUCCUAGAGAAGCGGGGCCCCAAGAAGGGAGUGUAUUCCCUAUCAUAUCAGCUAGGUUGGAAUUUCUUUAAGCUUCGGGAGAUGCUUGGAUGUCCUCUUGUGAGGAUUGCUCCACCUGGAUCCCCUCAUGGAAAUGGGAACGUGCUCCAAGAGAGGGAUCCUAAUUGUGGGCAGAAGCGACUGAGUACGGGAGAAGAGGGGGAGCAAUCCAAGUUCCAAAGGACUCUAAGCCCGAUUCAUGAGAUCCCGAACACUACCACAUAACGUUGAUGCGUGGGGCACAAUCAAUGAUAGUCUAACCCUUACGAUCCUACCGCUCAGGCCAGAGAGGGCAGAGCAGUGUACUAUAGAUGGGUUCAUCAUAACUGAGUUGUGGAAAGUCUCAUGGUUUCUCAGGGUAGAAUGUAAGUUUUCACAGCUUACCUUAGUUGUGAUAAAUUGAUCACAUGUAACAUAGACCUAGUACCUCAU